AUGAUUCAGGUCGACCCAGUUGGAUACCCGUCAAACGUGAAAGAUGAGUCCAGCGCAGACGAAGAUAUGAAGGAGAAUGGUUGUGCCGAUAACGAGAACACAAUCGCGAACCCGUCGGUGCAAUUGUUAGCCAAGAUGUCGGAGGAAUUUGCCGAAAAGGCGGCGGCAGCGGCAGCGGCGGCGGUGGCAGCGGGCCGGCUCAGCGAUCAUCAUCUUCAUCAUCCGCACUAUCAGUCGGCGGCGGCGACAGGUCGCCAUCAGCAGGAGUCCGAUCGGGCCGAUGAAAUCGCGGCACAUAACGAGGAUAAUUUAAGCGAGGACGAAAACAAUGACGACGAAGAGAUGCCCUCGGGUCUCGGGCGGCCAGGUUCGCGGGUCGUAGCGGGGCCUGGCGACGAAGGACCCAAUGAGGACAAGAAGGGCCACGGUGAUGGUGACUGCCCGACGGGUCGCAGUAGUCCUCGUUCACCGGUCUCGCUAGUUGGACGAGUGAGCGUUGCAGAAGGCCUUGGCUCGAUGUUGGGCACAGGUGAUCCUAGGGAUGAGCCCUCGAAUUUGGCCGCUGCGGCAGCUGCUGCCGCGUUAGGAGGUCCUGCAGCCGCCGCUGCUCUAGCGGCGGCUGCGGCUGCUGCAGCAGCAGCGGCCAAGGGCUCAGGACCUGGUGGUGGUCCGGUGGGAGACUUUGGUCCUGGUGCACCACCCUUCGGAUUUCCACUUGGCCCACCCACCUCUGGCAUGUCGAUUCAGGCUUUCCAGAACGCGAUCGCGCAGUUCACGGCUAACGCGCUCGCUAACAACAUGGACAAUGACACGGUGGUGAAAAACCUGGCCGUCUUGCAGUCUGCUCUGUUCACGCUUCAGCAACAGCAGUUUCUGCAGUUCCAGCUCAUUCAACACCUGCAAUCGCAGCUGGUGAAGAAGCACACCGAGAAGGAGGCUGACGUCGCCUCAACACUGCUUGGUGGUGGACUCGCGGGGCUAGCCAGUGGUGGUGGUGGUGCUCCUGUCGAUAGCGCAACGAUCGGUUUCCUCAAUAACAACAACAACAACCACAACCAGCACAAUCACAACAAGGGCGGUUCGCAGAUGCAACACUCUAACAACGUCAGCCGCCAUCAUCAGCAACUUCAGCAGCAGCAGCAGCAGCAGCAUCAUCACCAUCAUCAUCAUCACCAUCAGCAACUCCUGCAACAGCAGAGUGUCAAGAACGAGCCGCAGGAUCUGCGAAAGUCACACGCAGCCGCGGAUGCGGAAGAGGAAGAGGAAGUGGAAGAGGAGGGCAUCGAGGACGCGUUUAGCAAGAGCUAUCAGAUGGCGAACAUGAUGGCGGCUGCGGCGGCUGCCGCAAAGUCCCACGUGCCACCGCACGUCAGUGAGCUGUUGCGACCUUCGAUCCACGCCGUGCCGGAAGAGGAACUAAGGAAGCCGAAGUCGUCCUCGUCGGCAUCUGAGUCGAAUAGUAUCUUCGGAAUGGGCGCUCUCGCAGCCUCUGUGGGUGAGAAGCGAUCAUCCGGAGAUCAGCCUGGGAGUCAAUCAGUGUCCCUGGGAGCUUCGACCGGGUCUUCGACGACUCCUGCUAGUUUGAGCACGGCUUCGGGGAGUUCGACGGGUGUGUCUGGACGCUCGGAAAAGGACGAAAUCCUGACCUACCACCAGGAACAUCCGGCGUCUUCCGGAAGCUUCUCAUCCCUGGCAGCGAAUAUCAUCACCGACCACGCACCAUCGAUGCUCGGAGAGCCCAACUCACUGGCCAUGCUGGAGAAGAAGGCUCAGGAGGUGUUGAAUUCCGCCUCGCAGGGUAUCCUCUCGAACAACCUGCUCGAUGAGUUGGCUUUCGCGAAUGAUAAGUCGUCCCCGAACGGACGCAAUGAUGCGGCUCUGUUCAAACACAGGUGCCGGUAUUGUGGCAAGAUCUUUGGUUCCGACUCCUCGCUGCAGAUCCACAUCCGGUCACACACGGGCGAACGGCCCUACAAGUGCAACGUGUGCGGUAGUCGCUUCACGACCAAGGGCAACCUGAAGGUGCACUUCCAACGCCACUCGGACAAAUAUCCGCAUAUCCCAAUGAACCCGAAUCCAGUGCCGGAGCAUCUGGACAAGUACUUCCCGCCACUUAUCCCGCAGGAGGCGCUCAAGGAACAGCAACAACAGCAGCAACAGCAACAACAGCAGCAGCAGCAGACAGGUCCUUCGUCCUCGCAGCCUUCACCCAUGCCACCUGGAGGUCCUGGGGGACCCAGUCUAUCCGGUAGCGGUCCAGCAGCCUUCCCGGGUGUGGUGGAUGGGCGGGCUCCUCCCGGGUUCCCACCACGCGCCUUCUUUCCCGACUUCUACAUCCCACGGCCACCUCACGCGCAGCUACAGGAUCUGUUUGGAGCGCCUGCAAAUGACUCCGCCGGUCGGGUUCCGGUAGACCUAUCGCAGAUGAAGAAGCCGGAACCGGUGCCACCGGUGAGAGAUGCUACCCCCGAACUGCGAGCCACUCACUCACCCGACCUGUCCAAUGACGCCCCAACACCGGCCAAGAUUAAGCAGGAACCGAUGGACGAGUCGUUAGACCUGUCAGAUAAGUCUACCAAAGUACCGGUGGUCGGUGCGACCCGAUCCACCAGCACACCGAUCCAACAUCACCGCGACAUGGACGUUGACUCGUCGAAAGACGGCUCUAAGGACGACCCCCAGUUGAUGAGUGACGCCCCGGAACACCAUCUCAAAGAGGACAAUGGCGUGCUAGGACCCGGACCACUGGGGGCAUUGAACAGCUCGAUCAGUGAGAAGGAAUUCCCACUGAAGCUAAAGAACAACUCGAUCGAGAACCUGGCGACGGUACCGUCAGUGUCACCACCAUCAAGCUCGUCCUCGGGUUCGCUGUAUCAGGAUACGGUGUUGGAUCCAUCGUUCUAUGCGGCGCACCUACCACGCCCUGACAGCAAUGACAGCUCGUGGGAGAACUUCAUCGAGAUCUCGUCGGAAACGUCCAAGCUGCAGGAGUUGGUGGACAACAUCGAGAACAAGACGUCCGAGCCGAACCAGUGUCUCGUGUGCAAGAAGGUACUUUCGUGCCGGAGUGCGUUACAGAUGCACUAUCGCGUGCACACAGGUGAACGUCCGUUCCGGUGCAAGAUCUGUGGACGGUCUUUCACGACUAAGGGCAACCUGAAGACACACAUGAGCGUACACCGGAUAAAGCCACCUAUGCGCACGCUCCACCAGUGCCCAGUGUGUCAUCAGAAGUUCUCCAACAUCUUCGUGCUGCAACAGCACAUUCGAUUGCACACGGGUGAGAUGACGGAUCUAACACCCGACCAGAUCAAGGCAGCCGAGAUCAAGGACUACGAGGGUGGAGUUCCACCACCACCUCAUCCGGAUGCGUUACGGCUCAAUCCCUUCGGCAUGCGGCUGGCCAGCGAGUUCCACCAGCAACAGCAACACCUGGCUCAGCAACAACAGCAGCAACAGCAACAACAGCUGCAACACGAACAGCAGCAACGCCAGCAACAGCAGCAGCAGAACAAGCGAUCACUCGAGCACUCGGACGAAGAGAACGACAAUGAUCGAGACGUACGACGACCUCCGUCUGUGGAUCGAGUCGUAGCCCCUAUCGGCAAGAUGCCGAAGGUACCAAUCCACGAGAAGCUGAAGGUUAAGUCAGGUCUAACAUCACCAGCGAUCGACAGCCAAGUGGAGGAUCUUCGCACGAUGAACCUGCAGCGAUUGUCAAUGCGAUCACUGCCACCGGCUGAAGACUCCUUCUCGCGUGACUCUUCAUCUGCUAGCCCUACCAUCGCCAUUUCGGCCGGAUCGGAAGCGAAACGGUUGCGAUCUUCGAGCCCUUCGAAUACGUCCUCUUCCACGGCACAUUCGCGACGUUCACCUAUUUCGACACCACCGACAGUGGGUGGUGCGGAACAGGCCAGUGCUGCUGGAAGAGCUGCAGCAGCGGCAGCUGCUGCCGUCGCUUUUCCGUACGGACCACCCUUCCUGGGGAUGCCGCAGUUCCCGCCAUUCAUCAAUCGACCGCCCUUUUUGGGCAAUGUACCGAUCGUGCCGCCCGGCUCGAGUAUGCCGCCGUUUGGGCUUUUCGGCGUUCGUGGAAACACAACAACUUGUAAUAUUUGCUUUAAAACUUUCGCCUGUAAUUCCGCACUCGAAAUUCAUUACCGAAGCCAUACGAAGGAGCGCCCAUUCAAAUGUUCAAUCUGCGAUCGAGGAUUCUCUACCAAGGGAAAUAUGAAGCAGCACAUGCUCACUCACAAAAUCCGUGAUAUGUUCGGCAGCUCGGGUGGCCAUUCCGGUGAUGAGUCGCGCACUCAAACACCACCCCAGGACACCCAUUCGCAGUCGUCCAAUGGGUCGGAAUCGCACCAUCAGCAGCAGCAGGCUGCACAUCAGCAAGAUGGCGGCGCCCAGGACUACUCACCGACCGGUGGAAGUGAUCACCGGUACGAGGGCGAAAGCCGGGAGCGUUCCAAAUCGACGGGCAGCUACGACGGGACGUCGGGCAGACACGAGAGCGGAGUCCAGGAUGGUGGCCAGCAGUCUGCGGGCGUAGGACUCGAAGAAAAUGGCUCCAGCAGCCUGCAAUCAUGCGCGUCCGAUCGUGGCAGUUCGCCGACACCUCUGAUGGCCGGAAGUGCCGCUGCUGUUGCUGCCGCUGCAGCCGCUGCCGCCGCAGCAGCCGCCGCCUCGAACAACAACUACAACGAGUACAUGGGCAAGGAGGUGGUGGAUCUGAAGAACUGGUGCCAGAAGCUCAAGGAGAUGCCGGAGAACAUUGCCGCGAGUUGAUAAGGAUGCUGGUGAGCGGUGAGCGCGAAGUCCCCACUUCCGGGACGUGACGUCAGGGAGGAUGUUGAAACACAAUCGAAUUUCUCUACC